AUGGAUAAUGAAAAAUUGAUGAUAAUUAACGUUCACAAUUACUUUAAGGGGAAUAAAUCUAUAAGAGAAAGCCUUCAAAAGCUACUAUUACGCAAGCGAGUUGCUGAGAUAUUGGGUGUAUCUGAGGGUACAAUUAGAA